AUGGUGUUUUACUUCACAAGUGCCGUGGUGGAGCCUCCUUACACCAUUUACAUGGGAAAAGACAAAUAUGAAAAUGAAGAUCUCAUCAAGUAUGGCUGGCCUGAAGAUAUCUGGUUUCACGUGGACAAACUGUCCUCGGCUCAUGUUUAUCUCCGCUUACCAAAGGGCGUGACUAUCAACGAUAUUCCUCCGGAAGUGUUAAUAGACUGUGCGCAGCUAGUGAAAAACAACAGCAUACAAGGUUGUAAAAUGAGCAACAUAAGUGUGGUUUACACGCCGUGGGCCAACCUGAAGAAGACCGGGGACAUGGACGUGGGACAGAUCGGCUUCCAUCGACAGAAGGAGGUGAAGACUGUCGCCGUGGAGAAGAAAGUCAACGAGAUUGUGAAUCGGCUGGAGAAGACCAAAGAGGAGCGCUACCCCGACCUGGCGGCCGAGAAGGAGUCAAGGGACCGCGAGGAGUGCAACGAGAAGAAAGCACAGCUGCAGGAGCAGAAGAAACGCGAGAAGGAAGAACAGAAGAAGAAAAAGGAGAUGGACGAGCUCAAGUGCUACACUUCAUUGAUGAAAAGCGAAAACAUGAAGACCAAUGAGGACGGUUACGACUCUGACGACUUCAUGUGA